UGCGAUCCGUACAUAUUUUUCACAUAACACCAUAACAAUGUCUGCUUCCUCCACAGUACCUUGUAUUGAAUUCCAUCAUCAACCAUGUGACUUGUAAUCGAUUAGUGUUCAAUUACCAUCGCCUUCUGCUAUAAAUACUGGGACCAUUACAAGUGAUCCCACAAAAGCAUUGUAUUCUUCAAAAGAAAGAUUGUUCAAUUCGCUGUAACUUGAGAAUUAUGGAAGAUCAUCAUCAUUCACAGGGGCAUGGAAGUGAGGCUGCACCGAAGGAUGCAGUCGACAAAGGCUGUGGGAUGUUUGAUUUCUUGAAGAAGAAAGAUCAUGAAGAGAAACCCACCGAUGAUAUGGUCAUGGCAGAUGCAGAGAAACCACAAGAGGUGAAGAAAGAGGAGGACAAACCCACUCUCAUGGAGAAGCUCCACCGCUCAAAUAGCAACUCAAGCUCUUCCAGUGAUGAAGAAGGAGGAGAAGGUGCAGAGAAGAAGAUGAAGAAGAAGAAGAAGGAAAAGAAGAAAAAGGAGGAAGAUUGUGAUGAGAAGAAAGAUGGGUGCAUUCCAGGAGAGAAAUGUGAUGCUGCAGCAACAACAAAUCCAGAGGAGAAGAAAGGAUUGAUGGAGAAAAUCAAAGAAAAGCUACCAGGUCAGGGGCAGCACAAGAAGGCAGAGGAUUCCUCAGAUGAGGAUACAAAAGACAAGAAGGGAUUCUUGGAGAAGAUCAAGGAGAAGUUGCCAGGGAGCCACAAGAAUGAAGGAGAGGAAAAAAGCACUGAUUUAGUUAAGAAUGAUUAGGGGAAGCAGUCUUAUUACGCUCUUGUUUUGAGUCUCUUUAGCCAUCUAUCAUUGCUAUAAUUAAGUUUUUCUAUGUGUACAUCAAAUCCCUGUCACAGCAGGGUUUGAUGAGGAUAGAUUCUAUGUAGGCAGUUUUUUCAAGUCUGGUUUGUGUUUGUGAUCAUAAUUCCUUUACACAUGCAAUGCAAGUCAAUCAAAAGGUAUUGUCAUUCCAGAACUAUCAUAGCAAGUACAAACCUACUACAU